UUAGGUGCGUUGAAAAGGAGGAGCGCAUCUGGUUUUGUCCGAUAGGAAUUGAUAUGAUGGCCAGGUUCAUCUCCAAGUCCAAGACGCUGCUUCGUCAUUCCCAAUCCCCCAAGGUCCUGAUUGUGUGCCACCGCCACCGAUCUUCGGAAGCCAUGAAAUCGAAGUGGGUGGAGAUUGAAGGGGUGAAGUUGCUGGAGGACCAUGCCCACCGUGUUAUGGUCAUGAAGGCCACACCCGAUUGGCUUCCCUUCCUUCCCGGUUCCUCCUUCUGGGUCCCUCCUCCUCCCUCCCCUUUUCUCCCCAAAUUCUCCAUUCCCACUCAACCCUUCUUACUUCAAGCUGUUGCCACCCCACGAGGGACGGAACUUACUGUGCAACUUAAGGUUAUGGCGCCCACUGAAAACGUGGCCCUCUCGGAAGAUGAGGAAGGAUGAUCAUGAUGUGAAUAGUUUUCAGGGUUGCAACCUUUGUUCGAUGAGAGGGUCGGGGUGCAAAAAAAGUAAUCUGUUUGAAGAUCACGGAGCUUGGUUGCAUAGAAGACAGUUCAUGAAAAUGGGAAUUCUUUAACAGGUGAAGUACUACCGGUUGCUUUGGUAUUAACUCUUCUCACGUUUUUUGGUCUCUGUUAUUUGUAUAUAGUUUGGGUCCUGACCAAGCACUAAGCAAUCGGUUUCUGUAGAUUUUUCUUUUCAAUGGUGUCAUGUUGAAUAUUUUACAUUGGAUUAUGUAUGUAUUUGUGUAACUAAUAAAGCAAAAGCUUCUUUGACCA